AUGCCCACAGGCGGUUCCGGUUUGCCUGGUCUCCGGCAGACAGACAUAGGGGUAAUAGUCGCUACCUCAACUCUGCCUUUGGCUUCUGCUCUCUUGAAUUUAAAAUUGAUCACUCUCUGUCUGGCGCUUACUAUCUCAUUGGUAGAGGAGAAAUCUUUCAUUGCAUUGGCCCGUUGCACCAAGAAGACAUUCCACUACCUUCACGCGUACGAGAAAGAACAGGAGUUGAUUCGUUGCAGACAUCCACGACCUACAGUGCACAUACAGUUGUUGCCUGGCUCUGCUGGCGCCGGUAUACACGUUGGACGUACCAACCUUCCAACUAUACGCGACGAUGUUGCGGUCUUAUACGGUGACCAUGAUGGUCUUCCUCGCCAGCAGCAUCAACUUAUAAUUCAAAACCGUGCCAGUCCUAACGCCGAACCUCUACAGAUCGUCAAGAUCGUUAAUCCGCUUCUUGACGCCAUGCUCUACCCUCUUCUUGAUCCAUAUUCCGUAAUCGGAUGGCACACCGGCAUACCUCAUGCGAUCGAAAACAACACCCGGAAACACGUUACCAUUCGUGAGCACGCCGCUUAUCAGAUGGCCAUUCGCGACAACCAGGAAUACUUGCAGGACUCUGGCAAAUUGUCUCAACAAUGGUUGGACAAUCAAAGUGCCCUGCGUCGAGACACCUUGCAGAACAUCGGCGACUUCAACAACCCCGCUUGCAGAAAUGUUCUGUCGGACGACCAACCUGUCGCCACCAAUCCUGAGACCAGUCUACCAGUCUUGCUGCCGUCCACCUUCAUCGGCGGACCCCGUCAUGCAAUGAAUACUAUGCACGAUAUGUUGGCCAUGUCCAUGCAACUUGGUGCUGCGACAUUCUUUGUAACAGUUACGGCCAACCCUGCUUGGCCCGAGAUCGAGGCCAGUCUCAAUCCAGGAAACAAACGCGAUUUAAGGCCUGAUAUCGGCAACCGUGUUUUCCACUGUAAACAAAACCACUUCAAGGAUUUGGUAACCAAAGAGGCCUUCUUCGGCAAUAUCCGCUACUCUGGCUACUCUGUCGAGAUGCAAAAGCGGCAGAUCCCUCAUUCUCAUUGGAUCAUCGCCGUUGAGCAACCGCACAACUCGCGGGAUCCCGAAUAUAUCGAUCUGAUCAUUUGCACCGAAAUACCAGACCCAGAGGUGGACCCUGAGUUGUAUGAAAUCGUCUGUAAUAACUACCUUCAUCUUUGCACCGAAAUCUGUUCGCCUGGCGGCGGUUUUACAUGUAAAACGAAUUUUCCGAAGGCCUUCCAAAAUCAUACUCAGGUGCAAUUAAACGGCUAUCCUCUCUACCGCUGGCGAGACAACGGCCGACACGUUAUGAAGAGGCGCGGUCAGAUACCAGUUCGCUUGGACAACCGUCACGUCGUGCCGUACAAUCCUUACUUGGCCAAGAUGUUCGGUUGCCACAUUAAUGUAGAGCACCUUUCCGCCAUUCGCGUCAUUAAAUAUAUAUUUAAUUACAUAAAUAAAAGCCACGAUGUCGCGCACAUUGCCGAGAUUAUUAGCUCCGAGGCCGCCAAUGAGAUUAGGAGGUUCCAGCGUCUUACAGUGCACACAAAGAACGACCUUAUGGUGUACUUUGCUGAUGGUCAAGCAGGUCCCGCGGCCCAGAUGGCAGCCAACCACAGACAAAAACCUGAACCGCCGGUGUUCGUCAAACGCGUCGAAUUGGCCGCAUCUUCCAAGUGCCACCGACAAACCCAGAAUUGGUUGCCACUCGCCUCUUGCUUCACCAUGUCAAGGGCCCUCGCAUCUGGGAGGAGCUCUUCACUUAGUAGUGGUACUGCCUUCGAAGAAACGUUAGACGAAGUCGCGCAAUGUCAACAUCCACGGGCUUUUCGUAUUCUGUUCGGCCAACUACUUGCCCUGACCCGUCCAUCCAACGGCGGCCUAAUGUGGGAAUGUCACAAGGAAGAACUCACACAUCACCGCAUCCGUGUCUACAGUACCGACGACAAUCUCCGUUUCGCACAUGGUCUACGUGACAUACGGUUGAUUGCCGAGGCCAGUAUGGUAGAUUGGACCAACUUAAACUUUCCCGAACCACCAGUCUCCGCAUUCGGGCAAUUGCGUCCCUUCGACAAGUACGUUAUACCGAACGAAGAAAACGUUGGUCGUCUGAAUGCAGGACAACUCAGUGCGUACAAUGCCAUCAUCGCCACAUUCAAUCCGUCGUACGCAGGCCCUACCUGCUUCUUCCUUGAUGGCCUGGGUGGUACGGGUAAAACGUUUCUGUACAAGGCCCUCAUACAGUAUUUUCGGAAUAACGGGCACGUCGUCGUCCCUUCUGCAUGGACCGGAAUCGCGGCCCUUCUCUUGCCUGGAGGCCAUACCUCACACUUCUUUUUCAAAUUCCCCGUUCCCCUCAUGGAAGACAGCAACUGCGGUCUUUGCCGUGCCAGCGUCGGAGGCCGACGUUUGAUCGACGCUAAGUUAAUUAUCAUGGAUGAAGCGUCCAUCUGUGAAUGGCGAGCGCUUAUGGCUAUGGACCGUAUUCUUAGGGACUUAACUGAAGUCCGUCACCGGCCAUUCGGUGGUAAAAUACUUUUGCUCGGCGGUGACUUCCGACAAUGCGCGCCUGUAAUUCCUAACGCUCCUGCUGGCUCAAACAACGCCGAGUCCAUUCGCAGUAGCAAUCUUUGGUCGGAGUUCAAACUUCUUCAGCUGACGCAGAACAUGCGUGUCGGACCCGGAGAACAAGAUUUUACCGAGUACCUGCUCACUAUCGGCAGUGGUUCCGUUAACGUUCCUGACACUGAGAUCAUGAGCAUUCCUGACGACAUACUGUUUCACGGAUCGCCUCAGGACCUCAUUCACUGGGUGUAUGAAAAUAACCUUGCUCAGCCGAACCCCAAUCACGCCUUACUCUGCCCUCGCAACGAUCACUGCGACUACAUCUAUAAUCUAAUACUAGAUUCACUUGAAGGAGAUCAACGCGUUUACUUCUCCGAGGAUAAACUAAUAAAUCCAUCAGCCGAAGCAAUUGCAGACUAUCCGCCCGAACUCCUGAACCACGUCGAAGUGGCUGGCCUGCCCCCGCAUCAACUUCGCCUCCGUGUCGAUGCCACUGUCAUACUUAUACUUAAUAUGUUACCAGUAGAUGGAUUGGGUAGAGAAACUAUGAUCCCGGAAUUGCAGCCUGCCUCAGCGAGGCUGCUUCAAUUUUUCUUGUGCAGGUUUUUGAAACCUGCUCUAAUUAAACAUUUAGAUUUAGUUAGGCAGAUGGAUUUCUCCUGCCAAUCUAACCAAGUUCCACUAAAUGAAGUGGAACUUGGAACUGAGUGUGAACUGCACUUGGAAGAGGCAUUGCAGAACGGUGUAAUAGAAACUGACAUCAUUAACUUCUGCGAAAAUUGCUUACGAUUCUACGUUACCGUGGACCACCUGCAACUCCUAGUGUUACGUUCAUUAGUUAAUAAAAUGCCAUCUUAUGACAGUCACCCAGUUGAACGGGCCUGUACCUUGUUUUGGUUGCAAACGGGUAAUUGUUUAGGUGGUAUUGGCAAUGAAGGAUGGAAGAAGACCAUCAAACAUCGUCCGUGCAUUGGUCAGCUGCAGAGGUUGUCAAACAUCACAUGA